CAUGGAUUCCGUCAGUGCUAAUUACGACGAACAACAGCAAAGGAAUGAAAUUACCGCCAUAUCCCAGUAUGGCCUGAAAUUAAAAUUCGAUCAUGUAUGGCCUGAGAAGCGUAAUCAAAAUCUAAGGCCCUCCAUAAAACAAACGCUACCCCUAUUACCAUUGGCCUGCAGAUAUGCCGCCUAUUAUUGGAAAGUGUCACGUGAGGGCCGGCGCUGCUACAUGGACUACUACUACACGGAGCAUAGCAAACAAAUGUACGGCGUACCGUUGGGUGGUAUUGGUGGCGGUACCAUUGGUCGAGGUUAUGCCGGAGAAUUUUGUCGCUUUCAAAUGCGUCCGGGCAUGUAUGAAUACAAUACCGUGCAGGCUAAUCAAUUUAUUGUGACCAUCAAGGAUGUGAAGGGUGAAACGAUUUAUCAGAGUUUGCUGUCAAAGAGUCGUAAUAAUCUCAAAAAUCCCUGUAAUUUCAAAUAUUGCAGUUCGAAUCGUCCCAAACAGCCUCUAGGCAGCUGGCAAUCAAAUUUAGAUGAAUCCCAGUGCUACUACACAGGUUUGUAUCCCCGCUCCUGGACCGAAUAUGAUCUCUCGAAGUAUGGCAUACGUUUGGUAUGUCGUCAAAUAUCUCCGGUUAUACCACAUGAUUACAAAGAAUCCAGUUUACCCUGUGCCGUGUUUAUAUGGUCCGUGGAGAAUGUCGGGGAGGAGGAAAGGACCGUCUCCAUUGCAUUUACCUUUAAAAAUGGCACGGGCAAUAAGAAACAGGAUGCUGAGGGUAAUGCCACCUCCACGCUAUUUUCGGAGGGUAAUGCCAAGGGUGUUACCAUUAAUCAGGUUAUAGCUGAAAUGCCCUGCUCCUAUAAUUUGGCAUGUCGUGUAUUGCCCGAGAUCAACAUUACGCGUUGCACGAAAUUUGAUCCUUGCGGUAGUGGAGAACAUUUGUGGCAGCAGUUAAAGGAGCAGGGGCAAUUGAAUGAUGCGGCUGCGGAUGAAACUUUGAAAUCCAACGAUUUGGGUGUGGCCAUAUGUGCCCGAGUGGCCUUGAAACCCAAAUCCAACCACGAUUUAGAAUUUUCAUUGGCCUGGGAUAUGCCAACCAUACACUUCCCCAAAAAGCUUAAGGCCCACACCCGUUACUAUACGAAAUAUUUCAGUGCCAAUGGGGAGAGUGGCCCGAAAAUUUGUGAAUAUGCUUUGAAAAAUUACGGCAAUUGGGAAAAGCUUAUCGAUAAUUGGCAAAGGCCCAUCUUGAAUGAUGAAGGACUUCCAGAUUGGUAUAAGAGCGCCAUAUUUAAUCAGCUUUAUUAUAUAUCGGAUGGCGGUACCCUGUGGCUGCUGUGUGAUUCCUCAUUGGGUCAGGAAUUGGAAUAUAAUGAUCCAAGAAUUGCCUAUGGUCGCUUUGGCUAUCUGGAAGGUCAUGAAUAUCGCAUGUAUAACACCUAUGAUGUCCACUUUUAUGCUUCUCCGGCCAUUGCCCAUCUAUGGCCUAAUCUACAGGUGAGCCUCCAAUAUGAUUUCAAGGAUGCCAUUGCGGCGAAUCUUACAGAUACCCGUAAAAUGCUGUACGAUGGCAAAAUAAUGCCACGUAAAGUGAAAAAUUGUGUACCCCAUGAUUUGGGUGACCCGGAUGAGGAACCAUUUACCCUGAUCAAUUGUUAUAAUAUACAUGAUGUUAAUGAUUGGAAAGAUUUGAAUACGAAAUUCGUGUUACAAGUCUAUCGAGAUUAUUAUGUCUUGAAUGAGUUGGCUCAGGCUCAGGCGGAUAAUGCAAGUAAAUUUAGUUCGAUUGAAUUUAUCGAUAAGGAUAGUUUGUAUGAAAUGUAUACGCAGGAUAAUAAGAGGAAAAAUUCCGUGGAGGAGAAGAAGGAAAAUCGCAAAUCCGCUUCUAUGUAUAUAAAUGAAACCAAUGGCAGGGUAUAUUUGAUGGAUGCCAUGACCUAUCUUAAGGCCAUGUAUCCCUCAUGCAAGGCCAUUAUGGAAAGGACAAUUGAAUAUGAUAGGGAUAAUGAUGGUCUAAUUGAGAAUACCAAAAUGCCCGAUCAAACCUAUGAUUCGUGGGUUAUGGAGGGGCCAAGUGCUUAUUGUUCGGGUUUGUGGUUGGCUGCCCUGCAAAGCAUGUCGGUAAUGGCCACAAUUUUGGAUCAACCCAAUGACUGUAUACGUUAUCAAGAUAUUUUGGAAAAGGGUAAAAAGUCCUUGGAUGAGAAGUUAUGGAAUGGCAGCUAUUAUCGUUUUGAUACCUGUGCAAGCCACAAGGAUACCAUUAUGGCAGAUCAGCUGUGUGGCCAUUGGUAUUUGAAGACAUGUGGUUUUGAUUAUGAAAUCUAUCCCAAAGAAAAUGUCCGCUCCGCGUUGAAGGAAAUCUACAAAAACAAUGUCAUGGGUUUCCAUAAUGGCAAUAUUGGUGCUGCUAAUGGUUUCAUUGCCAAUCCGGACAGCGAAAAACCUGGCCAUGUGGAUACCAGCAGCAUACAAGCAGAAGAGGUGUGGCCUGGGGUUACAUUUGCCCUGGCUGCCACCAUGAUCCAGGAGGGUAUGUUCGAGGAGGGUUUCAAAACUGCCGGAGGGCUUUAUGAGACAAUUUCCGAGAAGUGUGGCAUGAAUUUUGAAACUCCUGAGGCAUUUUAUGGUGAAAAACGUUAUCGUUCGAUUGGCUACAUGCGGCCCUUGAGUAUUUGGUCUAUGCAGGUGGCCUGGGAAAGGCGUAAGGCCUUGAGGGAUUAAGGGGCUUGAAAAAGAAAGGAA